GCAAGAGACCGGUGCUUCUAUUUUCAUAAAGGAUGGCAUUGCACUAAUCAAAGGCACAGACUCGCAACGUGCCCAAGCCAAAUCAUUGAUACAAGAAACAUUGAAUAAAGAAUCGCAUCAAGUCUAUCCUGAAAUAGGAUAUGUAUUACUGGAAAUUGAUAAUGAAUCAAUGGAAAUUGAUGAUGAUAUCAAGCAAAGCAAAAUUCGAUUCAGAGAAUAUUGUGGUCAAGACUCGAAUAUUCACUCUCGAAAUCGUAUUACUUAUUAUCUUGAUCAUAUUGUUGCCAAAAAAAAUGAAAAAGGAAAAUCUCCAGAAAAUGAUGGCGAUUUUGAUUUAACAUCUGGUAUCGCAAACUUGUCUUUGCUAAAUGAUCUUUCUUCAAGAUCGCAAGCCUUUAACACGACCAAUAUAAUUCAGCAUUGUCUUGAUGAAAUCAGUACUUUGCUACACAAGUCUGAUCCAUCUCAAAUUGAGACGAAAAUUAAUAUAUUUUUUGGUCGACAGCUAUUUUCCAAUAUCGUUGACAAAGAAAUAAGUAUUAAUGAUUGGUGUGCAAUGGAUCGUUCUAGAAUAA